AUGCUCUGCAUUGCAAUAUUGGCAUUUUAUCAGAUCUCUCAAACGAGUUCUGAGCUUAUUAAGUUUGAGGCAGAAGAUGGUUCAUACACGGGAUCGAUAAAAGACCGUAGUGCAGCGUCGGGCAAAGCUACAGUUUAUCUUACUGCCUCUCAGUCAGUAACACAUACAUUCCCCACACGAUCAUCAUGUUCAGUGGAAAUACACGAUGUGGCUUACACAAAUGACGGAGGCUCGGAUGUUAUUGAGGUUCAAAUUGAUGGCAUUCGGAUUGGCUCUUUCAACACCAUAGCAGCUUCAAACUUUGGUAUGAAUUGGAACGUGAUAAGGAACACUGGAAUGAUUGGGGAGAACAGAAAGAUCAACUCUGGCUCACACCAACUGCAACUUAAAGCUGUGAACACGGAUUCAUAUGGAGUUGAGCUCGACAAGUCAAUUCUCAACCUCACUUGUACAGCUCGAAUUCAACCGAGUCCAAUGUGCACAAAUAUUAGCUUGUUGACAGGCGCUUUAAACUGCAACAAUCCUCCAUACGCAACACGUAAUAGCAGCGACACUAGUUGUGCAGAGGAGGACAAUGUCAACAUUCCUAUCUUCUACAGUGGAGUUCAGAGCUUCAAAGUCACCGCACAUUUACCUGAGUAUUAUCCAUCAAUCACCACAAUGAACAAUCGUAAAGAAAAUUUUACAAAUUGUAAAUUUGCAUCUCAAAAUAUUUGGAAAAUUGGCGUAAAUGAUAACAGUCAUUCCGAGUUCGCAGCUUCAUGCGCUUCCAAUGUUUACUAUAUCGGAGAAUCAAUUUCUACAUUUUGUCAUGAAAUCACCAAUAAAUAUAACAAUACGAAAUACAAGAUAUACUUUACAGCAAGGGGUAUCAGUAGUGGCCUAGUUGAGGCUUCCAUUGGUUCAGUCUUAACAGUGAAGUUCACUGAAGUCACUGGUAAUUUGGUUUUACAAGCGAGGUGCUUUGGAAGAAAUAAAAAAUGGCUGUCUUUAGGAAAUGCUACAUUCAAUUCAGGUGAAUUGACAAAAAUGUGGAGGGUGCCUGAUCUUACAUGGAGUGAGGGACAAAAUUCGAAUCAGAUUGAAUUACAAGUUGCCAAUGGAAGUUCUAUUAAUGCAUCAGGAAAAUUUGAUUAUAUAAAACUGGAUAAACGAGAAGAACGUGGUGAGAGCAACACUAUUACUGUAUUUAACAACGGAGAAACAAUCAUCGAAGCAAUAACAAUUGACUUUUGGUGGUUGUAUCCCAAAGGCAUGAUUAUUAAGAAUUUGCAUAAUAAUCAAGAAUGGCACAACAUUACUUACUUUCGUAUUUAUAGAAAAAUACCAGGAACAAAUAACUUUAGCCAACUGUUUGUACUCUAUCAAGAUGGCAACAGUCGUAUUCUUCCAUUCCCACCUGAUGGCAUUGACUGGAUACCUUUUGGUUCUUCUGUCAUCAUUGGACCUACAACUAAUCCAAUACGUCCAUAUGCAUCCAUCAUUAGAGUGAAUAUAAAUGCUAAAAGUCUCAUAAUGGAAUUACACUAUGAGUCAGGUGGUAAAGCUACGGCAACUCUUCAGUACACUACGACUUCUACUACCAUUCAUGUCGAUGACAUUUCUUACACUACCACUCCACUGAUACCAUUCACCACAUUUCGGUCCAUGUGGGUUGCCGAUGGAAAUGCUGAUGUAGACCGUGUACAGACCAGUCGAAACUCUUGGCAUAUACAAUAUGGGUGGCAAUCAAUUUCAGCAUCAUCCUUCAAAUUCUUCCGAUCGUGCGUAUCAACUCAUAACACUCUUAGUCCAGAUAUACUCAUUGCUGUUAGUUGCAAAACAGCUGAAAGCAGUCAAGCAAGUGAGUCACGUUUUUCAAACAAAUCUACAGCUUUUAUCUGGGCAAUCAUCGCGAUUUCUGUUUUAUUUAAUUGUUACACUUCAUAA